AUGAAAAUAUUUCAAACUAAAGUUAGAUUUCUUGGUCAUAUGAUUGAUCAAGGAACUAUUAUUCCUAUAGAAAGAAGUAUUGAAUUUGCUUCAAAAUUUCCUGAUAUCAUGCUAGACAAAACUCAAUUACAGAGAUUUUUAGGAAGUUUGAAUUAUGUUUCAGACUAUUAUAAAAAUUUAUCCAGUGAUACUGCCAUUCUUUAUAAUAGGCUUAAAAAUAAGCCUGAUCCAUGGACAGAUGCUCAUACUAGAGCAGUCCAGAGAAUUAAAACCAGGGUUAAAUGUCUUCCAUGCUUGUCUCUGGAAAAUCCUAAGUUCUUUAAAAUUGUAGAAACUGAUGCUUCUAAUAUUGGUUAUGGAGGAAUACUAAAACAAGUUAGUCCUGAUAAUAAUAAAGAAGUUUUGGUUAGAUUUACUUCUGGGUGA